AUGUCCAGUGUGGCGCGUGCCGCGGCAUAUAUCGAAAUUUCAGAUGAUGACGAGCCUAGUGUGCCAGACGAUGUGAACCUCGAUGACGACGAUGUCCAAGCUGAUGAGUCUGUCAGGGACAUGGCGGAUUGGGUGGAUCCUGCUGAUGGAGCGGACGAGCUCAAUACUCUGCAGGUACCUAUGGAGUCAAUCGCAGGCCCAAAGCGUGCUCGAAGCAACACUCAGCUAUCUGUCGACAACGCAAGCGAGAAUGAUGCACCUGCCCCAAAACGUGUCAAAAGGUCUCCUCUUCGCGAAGCAGGACCGUCGUCUUGGGCCAGCCGCUCGUCAAACAGGGUUUUGGGACAAAGGAAACUUGCAGUCGCUUCAUCUUCCGUCAAGAAGGGCUUUGCGCGUCCUGCGAUGCCCGCUUACAAGCCAUGGUUUUAA